GAAUUAUGGCGGUCCUGAAAGGAUCCAAGUAUCCAAGUAAAUCCAGCAGAACGAGUAAUACUUUCCGUUUCGCUAACGAGCGAUUAGAGUAUAAUUCACAAUAGGAUUUAAUCGAGUAAUGCGACGCGAAACAGAGUACGAGGUUAAUUACUAACGGCUCGCCGAGCGAUUGGCAUCAUCGUUUAUGGCUUUCGAAGCCAACAGUUAUCUCUUUGAUUCAAACACACAUACACCAAAUCCUCCUAAUGGUCCUACCAUUAGACGUGGGUUAAUGACCAAUUGCAGAAAGGAUUGUCCUCUGUGUUUGACACAAUAUACGUAUACAUAUAUAUACAAGUAUACAUACAUACAUAUAUAUAUAUAUAUAUAUAUAUAUAUACAUAUAAUAUAUAUCUGUUUGUAUGUAUGUGUUUCCAUUACUAUAGAAUAAUUGAUGUAGAAUAAUCAUUGUUAGUCAUGUUAUGAAUUUGAUCGAAGAUAAGGGAUUUUAAAUUUACAAAAGACAUCAAAAUCAGAUUGUUACAACGUAAUAUCUAUAUAAUUUCACUGGAUUAAUAUCAAGAUGCGUAUUAAUUUGAAUUGAAAGAUAUAUUGGCCGUAUUAAUCGAAUUAAUCUCCUAGAAAAGAUUUAACUGAAAAAGUGUUCUAUUAGCUUUAAGAUAAUUUGGAUGAUAAGUGGGCAUGUAGUAGAUUCUAAUAAUAAAACGUAUUAAUAAAAGUCUGUGAGCUCUCCCCUCGAGGUCAUAUACAAUGUUAUCAGGAAUUAGCACUGCUAACUUCGACAAGGACGUCGACAAGAAUUAAUAAAAACGAUUAUCGAGUUCUUGGAAACCAACGAAAAAAAAGGAAAAAAAAAAAGAAGAAAAAAAAAGAAAGCAGAAAAAAGGAAGCAAAAAAAUUACACCUGAUUUCCGAUCAAACGACUUUUAUGUCUAUCUUUUUAUCCUCUCUAUCUUUAUCCCUCUCUCUCUCUCUCUCUCUCUCUCUCUCUCUCUCUCUCUAUUUCUCUCUCUUUUCCUCUCCCUCAUUCAUUCCUCCUGUCAAAGGAAUUGAUUAAUGGACCGAACCGAUUUCCAGCAGGAGUACACGAAGUCUGUUUUUCCUCUCUCUCUCUCUCUCUCUCUCUCUCUCUCUCUCUCUCUCUCUCUCUCUCUCUCUCUCUCUCUCUCUCUCUCCUCUCGCACACAUGCAUACAUACACACACAUACACAUUAGUCUUCUUAUACCUCUCAAAGUAACGACACCGUUUAUACCGUCACGAUUUUGGUCUCUAGCACUAAGUUCGUAUGUAUGUAUGUAUGUAUGUAUGUAUGCAUGUAUGUAUGUAUGUAUGUAUGUACAAAAAUAUCAACGAUCCUCCUCCGUGAACGCGAAGAGGAUACGAAAAAAGAGAGGGUAAAAUCGUUGGAGGAGUUUUACUGGCUUGGGACGGUAACGGGAAAAGAGAAAGAUUACAAGUAGGUGGAAGAGGAUGAGGAUGAGAAUGAUGAUGAGGAGGAGGAGGAGGAGGAGCAGGAGAAGCAGCAGGAGGAAGAGGAGGAGGAGGGGAAAGCAGUAGCACUCUUCUCUCUGUCCUCGCGCUUGAGAGAACGAACGAAUAGAAGAGGCAAGCAGUCGUUAUACUCGGGUCUUUCGUGACAGGCUAACUUUUCGGAUAUGUUCGAUAUUACAUAUGUAAUUUUUGUUUGAACGAUAUAUAAUAAUAUAAAAUUAUUUAAUCGAUAAUUAAUUAUUUAUAAAAUUUCGUCAUGGUGAUAGAGAUCAAUCAUAAGAAGAAGUAUUAUCGUUCGAUUCGUUCAUUUGUAUAAUAAUAAUAAAAAAAAAAAAAAGGAAUGAAAAUGAAUUGCCAAUAAAAAUUUAAUGCUCUUAUCGUAAAAUUAAUAUUUGUAUAUUUGGUAAAGAGAACGACAGAGAGAGAGAGAGAGAGAGAGAGAGAGAGAGAAAAGAAGAUAAUCUAUUUUUUAUGAAGAAUACAAAUAUCAAAAGUGAAAAGAAUACGAUAAUCAAGAAGAGUUUACAUUAUUCGUUUGUUCAGAUCGAUCUAGUAAAACAUCCCAUUGGUAAACGUGAGGAUUUCAACCCUUAGAAAAAAGUGAAGGAUAAAAGCAAGAGGGGAAAGUAAAUUUAAAAAGGGAAAGAGGAGGAGGAGUGGAUAUAGCGUAUAUAAAAAGAGUAGGAUUUUCAUUUGGAAAGGUCGAGGUAAAUAUUGACACCUGCUGACACAGCUGGUCGGACUUUUGUGUCCAGGUAUAAAGUAAACGAAGGGUGGAAAAAAGGUGACAGUAUACGACGAGCCACGUGCCGAUCGAACAGGAUCAUUCGACCUCCCCCACCAGCUACGAUAACAACGUCAACCUUCGACCAACAACGAGUUUACGUCUACGAGUUUGAAUUAUUACUAUCUCGGAUCUGUGUUAUCAUGACGAAGUCAGGAAAAUCGAUCUGCAAAAUUUCUAAACAUUUUUAUACACGGAUUCUAAUCGUCAUGAAGAUAAUACUGAUAACUAUCUUACUGGGUUGUAGCUUCGGUUUGACAAAGUUACAAAGGAGCCCAGAAUUCUUAUUUUAUAAUUACAAUGGCGCCAAAAGAUCUUAUUGUCCUCUGAGUGAACAUAUCGGUAAUCAACCUGUUAACAGAAAGGAUACAUCUCUAAGAUUAAGACAAUUAAGAUCUGAAAUGGUCCGAGUUGCAUCGAUCGAAACAGCACCACUGCAUGGUUAUAUUGUAACGUCGGACGACGAACAUCAGAGCGAAACCGUCGAUCCACGAGAUAUGAGAAGAGAAUUUUUAACCGGAUUUUAUGGUAGCGCCGGAGACGCAGUUGUAACAUUAGCAAAAGCUGUUCUGUGGACAGAUGGAAGAUAUCAUCUGCAAGCAGAUUUAGAACUUGAUUGCAAUUGGAUACUCAUGAAAAGGGGACGAAAACCCAUCCCAACAAUAACCGAAUGGUUGAAACAUGAAUUUCAAAAUCGGCCGAACAUCCGAAUAGGUGCAGAUCCGAAGUUAGUACCUGCAGCUAUAUGGGAAGCUUGGGAAAGAGAUUUAGUAAAUACAUCCAUAAAUUUGGUGGCAGUUCGCAAAAAUUUGGUGGACUUAAUCUGGCAAGUGGGACGACCAAAUUACAAUUCUUACGCAGCAUACCCAUUGAAAAAUGAAUAUGCAGGGAAAUCAUGGCAAGAAAAAAUAAAAGAUAUAAGAUUAGAGAUGAGUCUUGUCGAGGCGGAUGCUCUUGUAGUUACAGCAUUAGAUGAAAUAGCUUGGCUCUUCAAUAUUCGAGGAUACGAUCUUCCUCAUACUCCUGUUCUCAGAUCUUACGUCAUCGUAACACAAGGAUCUCUUCAUCUUUACGCAUCCAAACAUAAACUUUUGCGAUCUGUCGAUACGCAUUUAAAAAUGGAUUCUUGCUUUCACGCGGAUUGCGUCAAAUGGCACAAUGAAACGUGUAUCUGGGAUGAUUUAAGGACAAUGUCUCAAGCGUGGAAGAAAAUUUGGCUACCAACACCAUGUGGAUAUGCUCAAGGAGCUUCAAAAGAAAUAUAUUCUUCCAUUCCAGCUGAGAAACGAUUACCAAAAGCAUCGCCUAUAAUUGAUCUAAGAGCGGUAAAAAAUGAAAUUGAAGCUGAAGGCAUGAGAAAAGCUCAUAUCAGAGAUGGCAUGGCCAUGUGUGAUUUUCUUGCAUACAUGGAAGAACAAAUAUCCUUAAAUUCUGAGGGAUGGGAUGAGAUGCAAGUGUCGAGAGUCGUAAAUGAAUUUCGUUUGGAACAAGAAUUUAACAAGGGUAUUUCAUUUGCAACGAUUGCUGCUUACGGUGCUCAUGCCGCAUUACCUCAUUACGAACCAAUUAAUUUAACAAAUAUACCUAUAGGGAAAACUUCGAUGUUGGUUGUUGAUUCAGGUGGACAGUAUUUAGAUGGUACAACAGAUGUAACAAGAACAUUACAUUUUGGAGAACCUACUGAAGAACAAAAAAAGGCGUACACAAGAGUAUUAAUAGGAUCGAUACAAUUAUCUUCUUUAAUCUUUCCAGAUGAUCUGAUGACUGAUCAGAUUGAUGUAUUAGCAAGGAGAUCUCUUUGGAGUACCGGUAAUGACUACAUGCAUGGUACUGGUCAUGGGAUUGGACACUUUUCAUCCGUUCAUGAAUCUCCGAUUAGUAUAUCAUAUACAGGUGGUAUGUCUGUUACAUUAAAGCCAGGAUUUUUUUUAUCCAAUGAACCAGGAUUUUAUAAAAAGGGUGAUUUCGGUGUACGUUUAGAAAAUAUACUUGAAGUCGUGACUACCAACAUAUCGAAAACAACAGGACAAACUUUCUUAAAAUUUCGGGACGUCACUCUUGUACCAUAUGAACCUAAAUUGAUAGAUUUUAAUAUGUUAACACCAAUGCACUGUCCUUUGAUCAGUGAUAUACAUACUUCUAAUGAUGUGCAGCGCCGGUGGUUAAAUAAUUACAAUCAACGAAUCAGAGAAGAGGUGGGCAGAGAAUUAAAAAAACAUUUAAGAAUGAAAGGCUUUUAUUGGAUGAUGGACAAGACAAAAGACAUUCCUGAAUGGGGUAAAGUCAACAAGGACAUUCUUCUCGCACGUUCUCAUUCCAAUUCUUCUACAUUUAAAGAGAUUCAUGUAUUAGUGACCAUUACGAUUAUCUACAAUAUUAUUUUAAAUUUUGCAACGAUUUACAGUUAAUACAAAGGUUUAUUUAUUGUUCUACUUAAAAAAAUCUUGAAUAUAUAUAAAAUUAUUUAAUAUAAUAUAAAACAAAUAAAAUAUACAUUCUAUAUUGGAUUAGAAAAACAGAUACUUUAAUUUGUGUCAAUAAUUGUAACAUAACAAUGUACACACAUGAUAGUACAAUGAUAAUAGAUAUGUUUAGAAAAAAAAAAAAAAUGGAGACCUAUAUAUUGUGUGUUCCAUAUGUAAAGUACAAGUACAAUUGGACUGACUUUAAUAAGAAUUUUAAUCAGUCUAUAAAAAUCUAUGUGAUUAGCUAAACUAUUUAUUGAAAGCUAUAUUUAAGUAUUAUUAUAAUUUUACUGUGAUACAUAAUUGCAAUAAAUAUAUGAAUAUGUAAAAUA